UGACCCUAGAGUUUUGGAGGGAUAAACGCAACAUGGCGAAUGGCGAGUUACGGCGGCGUUUGAUGCUGUAGACGCGGUGCGCGUCGCUAACGACCCCGUGACAGGUCAUCGAGGUGGAUCAUCGUCAUCCCCGAACACGUACAACGAAAAUAUCUCUGGUGCUCCGGAUUCCGGAGGUUCGUAUUUCAUCAAAGUAUAAGAGUCCGUAUAAGAAUCUCGAGAUGUCGAAACCGGACGAGAACGCGGACACCGGUGACACCGGGGACAACUCGAACGGCUCCUCGGCGGAAACGACGUCAUCGAGAGGCGGGGAUUUCGAGACGAAGCUUGAGACUGACCGCAGCAAGCGUUUCGACUACCUGCUGAAGCAGACCGAGAUCUUUUCCCACUUCAUGACCAACAACCAGAAGGAUAAGGCCGGCAGUCCGCUGAAGAUCAAGGCCGGCAGGCCCAGGAAGCAGCAGCCGGAGAACCAGCCCAAGGCCGACUCCGGCGAUCACAGGCACCGGAAGACCGAGCAGGAGGAAGAUGAAGAGCUUCUAGCAGAGAGCAACGCCAAUGGCACCACAACUCGCUUCGAGUCGUCCCCACAUUAUAUAAAGUCUGGUGAACUGCGAGACUAUCAGAUACGAGGUCUGAAUUGGAUGAUCUCGCUCUACGAACACGGGAUCAACGGGAUUCUGGCGGACGAGAUGGGUCUGGGCAAGACUCUGCAGACCAUCUCGCUGCUAGGGUACAUGAAACACUUCCGCAACAUUCCUGGACCUCACAUUGUCAUUGUUCCCAAGUCUACGCUGGCCAAUUGGAUGAACGAGUUCAAGAAGUGGUGCCCCAGUCUCAGAGCGGUCUGUCUUAUUGGGGACGCAGAGACCAGGAACACCUUUAUUAGAGACGUGAUGAUGCCUGGUGAGUGGGACGUCUGCGUGACGUCCUACGAGAUGGUCAUCAAAGAGAAGUCGGUGUUCAAGAAGUUUAACUGGCGGUACAUGGUGAUAGACGAGGCCCACAGGAUAAAGAACGAGAAGUCGAAGCUGUCGGAGAUUCUCAGAGAGUUUAAAACCACGAAUCGUCUUCUGUUGACAGGCACCCCGCUGCAAAACAAUCUUCAUGAACUCUGGUCCCUGUUAAACUUCCUUCUGCCGGAUGUAUUCAAUAGUUCCGACGAUUUCGACUCAUGGUUCAAUACUAAUAGUUUUCUAGGGGACAAUUCGCUGGUGGAGAGGCUACACGCGGUCCUGAGACCGUUUCUUCUCCGGCGUCUCAAGUCCGAGGUGGAGAAGGGACUGAAACCCAAGAAGGAGAUCAAGGUGUACAUCGGUCUAAGUAAGAUGCAACGGGAGUGGUAUACCAAAGUACUGAUGAAGGACAUAGACAUCGUGAACGGGGCCGGGAAGAUCGAGAAGAUGCGGCUGCAGAACAUCCUGAUGCAGCUGCGCAAGUGCUGCAACCAUCCGUACUUGUUCGACGGUGCGGAACCCGGACCACCGUACACCACCGACGAGCACCUUGUGUACAACUGCGGAAAGAUGGUGAUACUCGACAAGCUGCUGCCCAAGCUGCAGCAGCAGGAGUCCCGGGUUCUGAUCUUCAGCCAAAUGACGAGGAUGCUCGACAUCCUGGAGGACUACUGUCACUGGCGGGCCUUCCAGUACUGCCGGCUGGACGGCAACACCGCGCACGAGGAUCGGCAGCGGCAGAUCAACGAGUACAACGCGCCCGGUAGCGAGAAAUUCAUCUUCAUGCUGUCGACCCGCGCCGGCGGUCUUGGCAUCAACUUGGCAACCGCCGACGUGGUCAUCAUCUACGACUCCGAUUGGAAUCCGCAGAUGGAUCUCCAAGCGAUGGACCGGGCGCAUCGUAUAGGCCAGCAGAAGCAGGUCCGGGUCUUCAGAUUCAUCACGGAGAACACUGUAGAGGAGAAGAUCGUCGAGCGAGCCGAGGUGAAGCUGCGCCUGGACAAGCUCGUAAUCCAGCAGGGACGGCUGGUGGACGCGAAGCAGACGGCCUUGAACAAGGACGAAAUGCUGAACAUGAUCAGACACGGGGCGAACGAGGUGUUCGCGUCCAAGGACAGCGCCAUCACCGACGAGGACAUCGACACGAUCUUGCAAAAGGGCGAGGCGAAGACGGAGGAGAUGAAGCAGAAGCUGGAGAGCCUCGGUGAGUCCUCGCUGAGGAACUUCACCGUCGACGCGCCCACGGAUUCCGUCUACCAGUUCGAGGGCGAGGACUAUCGCGAGAAGCAGAAGAUCCUCGGGAUCGGCAAUUGGAUAGAGCCGCCCAAGCGUGAGCGGAAAGCCAAUUACGCCGUGGACGCCUACUUCAGGGAGGCCCUGCGGGUGUCUGAGCCUAAAGCGCCGAAAGCUCCGAGACCGCCGAAGCAGCCGAUCGUCCAGGACUUUCAGUUCUUCCCGCCGCGGCUGUUCGAGCUGCUCGACCAGGAGAUCUAUUAUUUCAGGCAGACGGUUGGCUACAAGGUGCCGAAGAAUCUGGAGCUGGGCUCGGACGCCGCCCGGAUCCAGAAAGAGGAACAGCGGAAGAUCGACGACGCCCAGCCGUUGACCGACGAGGAGAUCGCCGAGAAAGAGAAGCUGCUUCUUCAGGGUUUCACCAACUGGACCAAGCGGGACUUCAAUCAGUUCAUCAAGGCGAACGAGAAAUACGGGCGCGACGACAUCGAGAACAUCGCGAAGGAGGUCGAGGGGAAGACCCCGGAGGAGGUGAUGGAGUACUCGGCCGUGUUCUGGGAGCGUUGCCACGAGCUUCAGGAUAUAGAUCGCGUGAUGGCGCAGAUCGAGCGAGGCGAGGCGAAGAUCCAGAGACGCGCUGGGAUCAAGAAGGCCCUGGACGCGAAGAUGGCGAGAUACCGGGCGCCCUUCCACCAGCUGAGGAUAGCCUACGGCACGAACAAGGGUAAGAAUUAUACCGAGGAGGAGGACCGGUUUCUCGUCUGCAUGCUGCACAAGCUUGGCUUCGACAAGGAGAACGUCUACGAGGAGCUGCGUGCUACGGUCAGGUCGGCGCCGCAAUUCCGCUUCGACUGGUUCGUCAAGUCGCGUACCGCCCUGGAGUUGCAACGUCGCUGCAACACCCUGAUCACUCUGAUAGAGCGCGAGAAUCAGGAGCUGGAGGAGCGCGAGCGGCAGGAGAGAAGGAAGAAGGGUAGCAGCAUAGGAGCCAAACCGACCUCGAAGCGGAAGGAGAAUCUGCCGGCGCCCCAGGAUAAGCCGCGGAAGAAGAAGAAGUAAGAGAAGUGAUGAUGAAGAAGAAAAAGGUCUCAUCCAGUGUCCGCGACGAGAUAUUGUCCCCCAAUAGUACAACAUAUCUUAAAGAUGUUCAGAGGAUAUUCAAAGGAUAUCCAGAGGACAUUCGAACAUCCUCAGGAUGUUCUCUGAACAUCUUCGGAAUAUGUGCUGUUAGAGGGUCCUCUCUAUCUCUCUUGCAACUUUUUUUCUUAUGCUGCGAUUGAGAAUUACGGACCACCAGGUGUAUUCCUCAGACACUUUUUCUAUAUAUUUACAUAUCUAUAAGUUUUGACAGUGAACUCUACGACGCCUAUCUCAUAUAUCUUCAUCACUGUAAUAGGACAAUACAUUUUUAAAGCUCCUGCCGCCUCGCCGACCAUGCUUGAAUUGUGACGUCAGAGUUUCGAAGUAUUUUAAAAGUGUGCUAAAGCUGUCUGAAGUGUUUCAUCGAAAUAUCUUUUCAUUUCAGAAUUUUUAGCGUGUCCCAGGUAGAAGACCGACGUCAUUAAACGUCAAAAUAACGUCAUUUUGACGUUUAAUGACAUCAGUUUGCUACUUGAAGCGCUUUUUUCUCAUGUAACCAUUAUACGUUAUUUUAACGUUUAAUAACGUCUUUAAACAUCAAAAUGACGUAUGUUUGUUACCUGGAGAGAAAGACGUUUUGAGAUUAUAAUGACAUAAUUUUGUGUAGAUGGCAUCACUUUGCUACCUAGGUCGCUUCUGAUGUCACAAUCUAACAUGGUCGUGGCGAUGAUCCAAGAGCGCUCCAUCAAAUCGUUCGACAUUUAUAUCGUAAUUAAUUUUCAAAAUACACUCGCGUGAGAGUUCAAAACCAGAUUUUUAUGAAUGCUGCGAAUUUAGCUUCAUUACGAUAUUUUUAUUUGAAUAUAUAGUUUCAUUGCAAAAUGGAUUUCCGCAGUAAAUUAGAAAAGAAUUGAAAAAGUAUAUCGUGAAUGUUUUUCAUAUAUCGCGUCAUUAUGCCGAAAUAUAAGAGAUGUAUUAUUUAUUCUUUUUUUUCGGAUAUGUUAAGCUCUGUAGAAGAGUCAUUAAUAAAAUCCUUUUCUUAAACAAA